GAAUCCAUAAAAAUAGGUAUCUUCAAUGCAAAGAUAGACAUUCAAAGAACUAUUCUUGCGAUUGAAUUAAAAAGAAAAAAAAAUGAAGAAAGGGGGUACACCUCCAAGCCACAUUUCAGAUUAAAUCCCAGCUUCGAAUGUAAACGAAACUCACCUAUAAUUUUAACUUACAUUCAAUCCAGAUCAACAAGUUCCGGCAGGUAUUUAAUAAUUUAUCUGCAACCGACAGGAACCUUUCCACACAACGUAUACGAUGACGGCUUUGCAGCAAAGUUCUGUCCGUGUUUGAAGUUUACUUAGCCGGAAUGAAUUAAGGCUGCUCAUUCGUAUGUAUGUUCGUUUCGGUGAAUGCUGUGGAUUGUUUAUGGUACGGUGCCGCAAUGUGGCCAAAAGGUAAAUAUGCCCUGUCUCUGUUGAUGAAAUGUUCUGCUCGGUUGUUUUUGAGUUUUCAUUCUAGUUUACUUUACGAAGUAGCUUUUCCCACAGCUACAUCCUCGAUUGGCAGUGCCAUGCUGGAAAGUUCAGUUGACAAGUAGCUUCCGCUAGAAUGAGGAAUCAUUUAUCUAAAUAAAAGUAUAGACUUUUUAUGAAAAUGUCGAUGCAAUUAGAAUUUAUACUGAUUUUACUAUCCUGUCAGUUAGGUUUCGUUGAAAGUAUGACUAGAAUUUGUAAAAACGAGUGCAAGAAUAUCGAUUGAUGAUUAUCAAUUUCAAGUUUUUAUGCAGGUACAGACAAAAAAUGAAUUGUUUAGAUAUGGCAACACAAUUCAAAAUUUUCUGGAUUCAAAUUAUAAGUGGUUGAACGCGACAGUCAUUUAUCAAAUCGAUGGUCAAUUCUCCAGUGAUGAAAUUCUCACAAUCAAGAGUGCCAUGAACAGCAUGAAUUCAAAUUCGUGCGUUCGUUUCAAAAAACGAACCAACGAAGUAGGCUACGUUAGUAUAACAUCCGAGCCCAGUGGUUGCUGGGCUGAUACUGGGCGAUCUUUGGGAGUUUCGCAACUCAACCUUGGCCCUGGGUGUUUCGACAACGAAGGAACAGUUCUCCACGAGUUGAUGCAUACUUUGGGAUUUUUGCACCAACAUACGCGUCCAGAUCGGGACCAAUACGUGCAGGUGCAGUACGAGAACAUAAUCCAAAGGCCGGAAAUACUGUUCAACUUUGAAAUAAUCGAGCCAUGGACGAGUUUGGCGUUUCCGUUGCCUUACGAUUACGACAGCAUCAUGCACUACAAGCCGUUCAUGUACAGCAUAGACCCUCAGCGAUUGGUUACCGUAGCGUCGAGGAAUCCAACGGUUACUACGAUAGGACAACGCGAUCAACUCAGCACACUCGAUAUCAUUUCAAUCAACUUUCUUUAUUGCGUAUGAACUCAAUGUUACCGUACAGAACAAUACCGCGUUUGUUUGUAUCAAUUUUGAAGAUGCCCUUGAAAAACAGAUUCUGAUUGGGAUUGUUUCCCAUUUCUG